AUGGGUGCAGGCAAUAUUUCCAGCAAAUUCAGCUGGAUGUCUGCUAGAACAGCAACUAUGGGGUUGCGUGGCAGGAAAUUGCGUUUGGCAGUUACCAUCAUUGCCACUACCGGUUUCUCCCUUUUCGGUUACGAUCAAGGUCUUAUGUCGGGAUUGAUUUCUGGUGACCAAUUCAACAAGGAGUUCCCACCUACUAAAGGUAACGCUACUAUCCAAGGUGCAGUCACUGCAUGUUACGAGUUGGGUUGUUUCUUUGGUGCCAUCUUUGCCUUGAUGAGAGGUGACAGAAUUGGUAGAAAACCAUUGAUUGUCUGUGGUGCCUUGAUCAUCAUCAUUGGUACAGUUAUCUCCACCGCUGCUAUAAAGCCAUACUGGCAAACUGGUCAAUUCGUUAUUGGAAGAGUCAUUACCGGUAUAGGUAACGGUAUGAACACCGCUACCAUUCCAGUUUGGCAAUCCGAGAUGUCACGUGCAGAAAACAGAGGUCUUUUGGUGAAUAUGGAAGGUGCUGUUGUUGCUGUUGGUACAUUUUUGGCCUACUGGAUCGAUUUCGGAUUCUCAUACAUUGACAACUCAGUGCAAUGGAGAUUCCCAGUUGCUUUCCAAAUUGUGUUUGCCAUGAUCUUGUUUGGUGGUGUCAUCAACUUGCCUGAAUCGCCACGUUGGUUGAUUGCUCACAAUAGAAAAGCUGAAGCAUACGAAAUUUUGGGAUACUUGAACGACUGCUCACCAGAUGAUGACCAAGUCGUUGCCGAAGCCUCUGCCAUUGUCGAUGCCGUCAACAGAUUUGCCAACUUGCAAACCGGAUUCAAGGACUUGUUUACCGGUGGCAAAGCUCAACACUUUCAAAGAAUGAUUAUUGGUUCUUCUACCCAAUUUUUCCAACAAAUUACCGGUUGUAAUGCUGCUAUUUACUACUCGACCUUGUUGUUUUACCAAACUAUUUUCAACUACUCCAAAUACAGAUUGUCAUUGAUCUUGGGUGGUGUGUUUGCAACCAUUUACGCAUUAGCAACCAUUCCAUCAUUCUUUUUGAUUGAUACCUUGGGUAGAAGAAAAUUGUUCCUUAUUGGUGCUACAGGACAAGCCAUUUCUUUCACCAUCUCAUUUGCUUGUUUGAUUGAUGACACUGAACAAAAUGCCAAGGGUGCUGCCGUCGGUAUUUAUUUGUUUAUCGUGUUUUUCGCAUUUACAAUCUUGCCAUUGCCAUGGAUCUACCCACCAGAAAUUAACCCAAUGAGAACCAGAACUACUGCGUCAGCCGUGUCUACAUGUACUAAUUGGUUGAUGAACUUUGCAGUUGUUAUGUUUACUCCAGCAUUUAUUGAGAAAUCAGGAUGGGGUUGUUAUUUGUUCUUUGCUUGUAUGAACUAUGCAUUCAUUCCAAUCAUUUUCUUCUUUUACCCAGAAACCGCUGGAAGAUCAUUGGAAGAAAUCGAUAUCAUCUUUGCCAAGGCAUACGUUGACAAGAGACAACCAUGGAGAGUUGCUGCAACCAUGCCUAAAUUGUCAUUGCAAGACAUUGAAGACGAGGCCAAGAACUUGGGUCUUUACGAUGAUGAUUUCGAGAAGGAUAACUUUGAAACUAAGGAAGACAUCAGCGACGAUUCAAGCAACCCAAACAACGGCGGCGGUAUGUUUGAGAAGCAAGAAAAUGUCGAAGGCGACGAAAACACUCCAGCUCCUGAGUCUCCAAGCAGCAGGAAAUUGGAUGUUUAA